AUGUCGUCUGAGAAGAUUGACAAGAUCGAAAAGUACGGCGUUGAGGCGCCGGAUGACGUCCACUCGGUCGAGGACCGCCAGUUCCUCGAGUCCUUCUCCGAGGAUCGCAAGAAGGCCAUGUACCGCAAGAUCGACUGGCGUCUGGUCCCUAUGCUCUCCCUGCUCUACCUCUUCGCGUACUUGGACCGCGCAAACAUCGGCAAUGCGAAAAUUGAAGGAAUGCCCAAGUACCUGCACCUCACCGACACCCAAUACAACAUCAUCCUCUCAAUCUUCUUCGUGCCCUACAUCAUAUUUGAAGUGCCGGCCAAUGCGAUUCUCCACCGCUUCUUCUCUCACCGCCCCUCCAUCUGGAUCGGAUCCCUCACCAUCGUCUGGGGCCUUGUCAUGAUGUGCCACGGCUUCGUCAAGAACUUCUCCCAGCUCAUGGUCGUCCGCAUCCUCCUCGGCGUCACGGAAGCAGGGUUCUUCCCGGGCGCCGUCCUCAUUUGUUCGACAUGGUACCCACGACACAUGCUGCAGGUGCGCAUUGCAAUCUUCUACACGGCGUCGGCUCUUGCCGGAGCAUUCUCCGGUCUCCUCGCCUUCGCCCUCGCCAAGAUGGAUGGCAUUGGCGGCUACCGUGGCUGGUCUUGGAUCUUCAUCAUUGAGGGCCUCGCCACUACCCUCCUCGGCCUCGCGGUCCCCUUCGUCCUCAUCGACACGGCUGCGGGCUCCAAGUGGCUCAACGACGACGAGAAGAAGUACAUUCGCAUCGUCAUGCGUGAGCAGGAUGCCGAGGCUGCCAGAUCGGAGCACGACGGCGUCAGCUGGAAGGUCUUCAAGCAGGUCAUUGGCGACUGGCAGCUCUGGGUUCACACUAUCAUCUACUGGUCCAACACUGUCCCCAACUACUCGAUGAAGUUCACCAUGCCCGCCAUCAUGACCGCCAUGGGCUACAAGAAGGAGGCCGCGCAACUCAUGACCAUCCCUCCCUACACCAUUGGUGCCGUUGCCGCCUGCUUUGCCGCUCUCUACUCGGACAAGAUGAAGCGUCGCUGGCCUUUUAUUGCCGCCGCCCAGACCAUUGUCUGCAUUGCUUUCGCGAUUCUCCUGCCCCUCGGCCACAACAUGAAGUCCAAGUCCAACCAAGCUGGUUCAUACUUUGCCAUCUGCCUCGCCUGUCUGGGUUACCCCAUCUCUCCUGGUGUGAACAGCUGGGUCUCAAACAACCUUGCCGGCCCUGCGAAGCGCAGCAUGGGUAUUGCUUUCGUGAUCUGCAUGGGCAACAUCGGCGGUAUCAUCGGCUCCUACAUCUACAUGGACAAGGAGAAGCCGCGCUACACCACCGGCUACGCUGGAUCCCUCUCGUUCGCCGCAGCCGGUCUCAUCGCCGGCUCCUUCCUCGAGUUCGCCCUCAUCCGCAUCAACAAGAAGCGCGAGGCCAUGUCCCAGGAGGAGAUCUUCGCCAAGUACACUGAGCAGGAGCUCGCCGACAUGGGUGACCGCUCGCCCCUGUACCGCUACACCCUCUAA